AUGCAAUCAUCUAUGACACAGAUACAGUCAGCUCUGACACAGGGGCAAUUAUCUCUGACACAGAAGCAAUCAUCUCUGACUUAGAUGCAAUCAUCUCUGACACAGAUGCAAUCAUCUCUGGCACAGAUGCAAUCAUCUCUGACACAGAUGCAAUCAUCUCUGACACAGAG